AUGAAGCUCGUGAGGUUUUUGAUGAAGUGCGUCAACGAGCCGGUGACCAUUGAGCUCAAGAAUGGCACCAUCGUCAACGGCACCAUCUCAUCGGUGACACCCCAGAUGAACACCGCCCUGCGCACCGUCAAGAUGACGCCCAGAGGCCAGGAACCCAUCUCCCUCGAUACUAUGAACAUUCGUGGCUCGACGAUUCGCUACUUUAUCCUCCCCGACUCGCUCCCUCUGGAUACGCUAUUAGUCGACGACGCACCCAAGCCCAAGAACAAGGCCCGCAAGGAGGCUGAGCGCGCCAGCCGGGGACGCGGCGGUGGCAGAGGACGCGGUCGUGGUCGCGGUCGUGGCCGUGGUCGUCCCUGA